UUCUGCUUCACAUCCAUAGUGAAAUCCAGCUCAAAUAGUUCUCAGCUUUCCCCUUUCUCUUUUUUUUUUUCUUCUAAAAGAAUGGCAUUCCUAAAGGCAUUUGCAGCUUUGCUCAUUGCACUACUUGUGCUUGUCCAUUUCACUUGUGCCCUUCAAGAGGGAAUUAACAACAAGCCACCAGCACCAAGCCCUCAACCACCCAAGCCAAUAGAUUGUACAGGAUCUUGUAAAACAAGGUGCAGCGAAUCAUCUCGGCCAAAUCUAUGCAACAGAGCAUGUGGAAGUUGCUGCCGUACCUGCCACUGCGUGCCACCAGGGACUUCUGGAAACUACGAAGCAUGCCCUUGCUAUUUCAACCUUACUACUCAUAACAACACCCGCAAAUGUCCUUAAAAUUGAUCGCAUAAUGAUUUUCCAAAUAUUGUUGUUAUGCCAAUUUAAAUGUAUCUCUUAUUGAAUGUUAUUAUGUUGUGUACCGAUAAGUAUGCCAGCUAUUCAUUUUGAAAUUUAAUUCUAUUUUACUCUUGUGUAAAAUUGAAGGUUCAGGGUUUUCAGUGCAAUAUUAAUAUGGAUACUAUUAAAUUGA